AUGGCAUUCAAUGAUGUCUUGGAGUCUAUCGGAGGAGUUGGCCGCUUCCAGAUCUUGCAAAUCACCUUCUUGCUGAUCUCCGUCUGCCUCAUUGGUUGCCACAACUUCCUGCAGAACUUCACUGCCGCCAUUCCAGACCACCAUUGCAAGCCUGUGCUGCCCACCAACCAGACCUUGCCCUCUAGCUACACCCAAAGCACAGCAGAAGGGGUUUUGCUGAAGGCACCUGUUCCCAUAGACCAGAAUUGGAAGCCGGAGAAGUGUCUCCAGUUUGCCAUGAGUUGGUGGCGUCUAUUGAGCCCAAAUGCGACUGUGGAGGUUGGAGACUCUGCCACACAGGUGCACACCGAACUCUGCACAGGUGGAUGGGUCUAUGAUGUGAGUGUGUUCGAGUCUACCAUUGUGACGGAGGUGAGCUUUCUUCAUCAUCAACAAGAAAUGAAAGAUGGGAAGGCAGUUUUAAAACACAGAGUGGCAGGGAUAUAAAUUAAACAUUCCAAUAACAAAUGAAGUAACUCGUUUGGGGUUGUUUGGCUUAGAUUUAAUUUUUAAAAGAGAAUAUACAGUAUUUAUCAUAUUAAGAUCAUGUCUAACUAGGGAAGAAUUAGUAUUAGACCCUGCAGUAGUACCUUUUGGCUAUUUACGGUAAACCCUGCCAUUUUACAAUAAGAUCUGAAAAGGGCCUCUUGUUUCUAAUGCGUUUGUUAUGUUCGCAUUCUGCUUUUCCUCAAAGGGGCUCAAGGCAAUGGGGGUUCCGUUUUAUCUUCACAACAACCCUGUGAGGUAGGUUAGGCUGAGAGAUGGCAACUGGUCAGAAUUCUCUGCUCUGUUUAAUUCCCACAAUAAUCCUGUGGGGUAGAUUAUGCUGAGUGAUAUUGGAUGGAGUCAGGAUUUGAACCCUGGUCUCCCAGAUCCUGCUCCAUUACUCUAACCUACACAGUUUCUGUUUUGCAAUGGAUAGCUUGGGAUGUGGUUUGGAUGGUGAAAUUAACACAUGGCUGUUGAGAAGGGUCAACGGGAAGAUAAAUGAUUUAUUUUAAAAUGGAGUUUGUUAUACUGUAUUGUGGAAUGAAUAGGUACAAGAUGGCAUGCAUGUAGCCUUGUGCUUUGAGUUUUUAAUAUUAAAAGAUAUUAAUCUUUAAAAAUACAGAUUUUAUGCAGCUAGCAUUGAUUAUUCAUUUGCAGUAGGAAGAUUAAAGGAAUAAGACUCACAUGAUGCUAAGUCAAAUGUGUGUGUGUGUGUGUGUAUUGCAGCCACAGAGAGAAAAUUGACACAGUUCUCCUCUCUCUCCCUUCCAGUGGAAUUUGGUGUGUGACCUACAGAACCUGAGAGAUGUAGCCCAGUCACUCUACAUGGCUGGUGUGCUGGUUGGGGCUGGGGUGUUUGGAGUCUUAUCGGACAGGUGGGUGGUUGUUGUGAUGAAUGUUAGGUUAGUAGGGUUGCCAGACCUCCAGGUUUGACCUGAAGUCUCCGGAUGAGGGGAUGGGGAUUGUAGUCCAAAAACAGCUGGAGACCCAAGGAAACUAAGACCCAGCUAGAUCCUGUCCCCAUAACUCACCACCAGGCAAUAUAUUAAUUAAUGCAUCCUACUUCUCCUUUUUUGGGGGUGGGGACAGGUUUGGCAGGCGCAAACCUCUGAUCUGGUCAUAUCUGCAAAUUGCCAUCGCUGGCACCAUCACAGCAUUCCUGCCCAGCUUCAGCAGCUACUGCGCCUUCCGCUUCCUGGCUGGCAUGACAUUUUCAGGAAUCAUGCUAAAUUCUCUGUCCUUGAGUAAGUAGUUUGGUUUGCUCCAAUUCAAAUUUAAAGUGUGGAUUUUGCAGGGAAAGCUCAACAACUCUUGGCAAUGACAAUGGGUAGAUCACAGGCAGCCUUUUGGGAGUCCAACUAGAUUUCAAUGUGUGUUUGUGGGGGGGGGGGUGUGACAAUAAAUUUUCCACACCGGGUGCCACCUGACCUUGCUACGCCACUAGGCCUAUGCCUGGAAUGAGUAGAGAAGUGUGGAUAAGCCUCAGACAAGGCACUAUAGAUACAAAUGUCCUUUCAGCUUUAUAUCAGCAGUCAGCCUAUGGUGCCUGGGGUUUUCUGCAUGGAAGCCAAACGGUUGCAUGUGCCCAUAAAAAAAUGUUCAUCCUGGUUUUUACUGCAAGUCCCUUUAACAGUUUCUUUUGCUUCUCUCCUAGUUCUGGAGUGGAUGCCCAACAAGGGCCGGACAGUGGCAGGUGCCCUCUUAGGUUAUUUUGUCACCUUUGGGCAGAUCGUCUUGGCAGGAGUUGCAUACGGAGUCAGAAACUGGCGCUGGCUCCAACUCUCCGUCUCGGCACCAUUUUUCAUCAUUUUUGUCUGUUCAUGGUAGGGGGUGAUAGUGCCAAAUACGACCGUGGUAUGGCUUCGGUGUCUCUUUUCCGCUCUUGUAGAUGUGGCAGCCAUUUUGUGUUAGGCCAAGACCUUAUGGCCGCCAUGUCUGAUGUUCAGGCAGUGUGUGCUGUGCCUUAUGUAGACAAAAUGGCACCAUCCACACCUAGGAGGAUGUGUCAACAGACUUGGUUGGCAGAAGAACAAAACAAAGUAUAUAGUGUGUAUGUAUGUGUGCUGGGGAGCAGGGGGAGGACCACCAAAACAGGCCAGUGAGGCCAUGGAAUGCAGAGUGCAUUAUGGAAGAGAGGAGUAGAUGUUCCACCUGGGAGGAUGGAGCGGAGUGGCUGGAAAUGUGAACAACACUCCGUUACACAAGCUUUUUUCUUUUUCUUCUAAUCAUCCCCCUUGUUAAUAAUAUCUAUCUAUCUCUGUCUUGUCAGGAAACUUCCAGAAUCACCACGCUGGCUCCUGCUUCAUAACAAGGCACAGGUAGCAGUCCAGAAUCUGAGGAAAGUUGCCGCAAUAAAUGGCAAAAGCAAGGAGGGAGAGAAAAUUAACAAAGAGGUUAGCCAUGAGAUCAACCAAUGCUUUAGUUUUUUGUAAUAAUAAUAAUUUCUAUAAUAGGAGAUGAGCAAAUAUGAUAUAAUAACAUAAUAUGUUCAGUUUUGCUUUUAGUAUUUAAAGCCCUAGGUGCCACGAGUCCCAUGAAGACUUUGUGGAGAGGCUGGUCAAAUGAAGAAGAGGAGUGGGGGCAGAUUGGAGAGUUGCAGGGGUCCAACUCAGGGGAAGGUCCCAGCAACAGGCACCUGGUAUUUUUGCUUUUAGGCAGAUGUUGAAAACAUAUCUUUUUCAGAGGGCUUUCCCUGAAGGGUGACUCAGACGUUUUAUAUAAUCAGUGUAAUUUGAUGUAAAGUGGCAGCUGCCAGUGCAGCAAACUGAGGCUUGCUUCUCAUAGACCGACCCUUAGCAACGCCCUCUGGGCAAGAGGGAGCAGUAGAGGCUCUAGACAGCUGGGUUUAGCUAUUUCAUUGUUUUUAUAUUUUGCUGGAAGCUGCCCAGAGUGUCUGGGAAAACCCAGCCGGAUGGGCAGGAUAUUAUUAUUAGGCUAGGACAGAAGGUGACAGGUAUGUUGGGGUUCAACUUGAGACCACCAAAGCCUCAAUCUGCACUCUUUCUUCUGGAUUAAGGCCCCUCCCUAGGCCUGCCACAUUCCUUCCACUCAUUUUCCACCGUCUUGCACAGGUAUUGCAUUCCCACAUGCAGAUGGAAGCUGCAAGUCUGAAAUCCCGGCGCACUGUCUUUGACCUGUUUCGCAGUCCAGUCUUGCGGAGGGUCACCUGCUGCCUCAUGGUUGUCUGGUGAGUGCAAGAGGACCUCUGUUGUUUUUAUCUGAAGAGGGAAACGGUAAUUGAAUAGAGGAGACAAGUCAAGGAUUGCCCUUUCUUUCCUCUUAUGCUUUGAGCCUCUUCUCAGAACACAGAAGUAUGAUGGCAACUCAAGAACAUAUGAGGUGGUUUAUGCGUUAAAUACUACUAAUCAUAGUAAUUUUGUAUUGUGCCUAUUACAUUGUAAUAAGCAGGUAGAGGCUGUGGAGCUGCUGUUUUUUAAAGGGCCGCAUUUAGAACAGCUUAGGUGCUUUGUAAGUGCUGAGUUGUAGCAGCAGCAGCAGCAGCAAUGAUCACUCAUUAGUAGCAGUAGUAAUAAUAAUAGUUUGUGCAUAAUAUGCAUUGCUGACACCCAGCCAGAUGGUUGGGAUAUAAAUAAUAAAAAUAUAAUUAUUAAUAAUAAUUAUUAGUUAUUAUCCAUCAUUGCAGAAAUCCAGCCUUUAAAUUUGCAACUUAAGCUUGCUUCCCACUCUACCUAGGUUUUCCAGUUCCUUUUCUUAUUACGGCUUGGCGAUGGACGUGCAAAAAUUUGGCCUGAACAUCUUUGUGGUGCAGGUGUUGUUUGGAGCGAUCGACCUUCCCGUUGUGCUGCUGUCCACCCUUACCAUGGUCUUCAUCGGGCGCCGCCUUACCAUGGCUGGCUUCCUAUCCCUCGCUGGGCUCCUGGUGUUCGUCAACAUGUUUGUGCCAGACGGCAAGUUGCUUUAUGGGUUCUUGACCUGCAUCUGCUUGGGUCACUGAUGCUCCAUGCUAUGAGUUCUCAUCAAAACAUCAGAAAGAGUCUGGCUGCUGGGUCAGGCCAGUGGCUUAUCAAAGCCAACCUCCUGUUCUCACAGUAGCCAACCAGAUGCCUAAGGGAAGCCCCAAAGUAGCAAAACCUCACCGAGAGCCAGUGUGGUGUAGUCGUUAAGAGCGGCAGUCUCGUAAUCUGGUGAACCAGGUUAAAUUCCCCGCUCCUCCACAUGCAACUGCUGGGUGACCUUGGACUAGUCACACUUCUCUGAAGUCUCUCAGCCUCACUCACCUCACAGAGUGCUUGUUGUGGGAGAGGAAGGGAAAGGAGAUUGUUAUCCGCUUUGAGACUCCUUCGGGUAGUGAUAAAGCGGGAUAUCAAAUCCAAACUCUUCUUCUCUUCUACAUGUGAUCCACAGUGAGUGACAUUCUGAUGCACACAGCCUCCAACGCUGGAGGUAAAACACAGCUAUGGCUAGUAGCCACCGAUAGCCUCCAGGAAUUUGUCUAAUCUGUUUUCGCAUGAAUAUUGUGCUCAGUCCAUCCUAUCAACCUGUGAGCUGUACUGCUGUCACCCUUGGUAUCAGCCAUGCAGUGUUGCGGCUUGAGCAGGGGCCGCCAACCCAGUUUCAUUAGGCACACAUGCACCUGUAUAGCUCUUCCUUGGUCCCAUAGGGUCCCUGCCCCCUGCUGAAAUUAGGCUUGAAAGACCCUUCCAUGGUAGCCUAUAAAACAGGUUGCAGUGUCUGUUUGUUUGUGUGUGUGUGGGUGUGCUUGUGGUGCCCAGAGUAGUCUCUCAGGGUGGCAAAUAUGCCCACAGACUCCCAGGGUGCACCGCGGCUGAAGGGGGAACCAAACUCUAUUCAGUCCUAGACCACCGCUCUCGCUUACUGUGUGACCUCAGGCUACACACCCUCAAUCUAACCUACCCCACAUGGUUAUUGUGAAGUUAAAAUGGGUGGGGGUGGGGGGCUUUAAUUGAGUUCCUUGGAGGAAAGGCAGCAUAUACUGUAGUAAGAUAGGAAGAUUCCUCAAACUGAGCCCAGGCCAUUGGUCCAUCUAGCUCAGGGGUACAGAAACGUUUUCAGACGUAGGAACACAGUCUCUUCUGAGCAUCCUCUUGUGGAGCUAUAUACUAGUGAUGGACAGGGCCAGAGCCCAAAGUGGUUGGAGCAGUCACUGAGAAAUUUGCCCUUGUACAGUAGGUUUGCUAGCUUCUUCAACCACACACCUCUCUCUCCAUCCAGGAAAAAUAAAACAUUAUUAGAGCCCAAGGUCACAUCCCAGCCAGGCAAAGGGAGGUGGUUGUGUGUCCUUCCAGUGCUAGUUUUACUCAGAGCAGACCUACUGAAAUGAAUGCCGCUAAGGUAGUCAGGUUCACUAACUUUAGUGGGUCUGCUCUGAAUAGGACUAGCCCAAUGAAUUUUAAUAGCUUUAUAGCUUGUUGUAAAGGAGCAAUAUGUGAUUUACACUGGUGGGGGGGGAGUAUUAUUUUUCUGUUUUCUUUUGUGUGAGUACAUGAGGGGUGUGUGUGUGUGUGUGUGGGUGUGUGUGACUGCCUGUUCGAUAGGUCAAAAAGACAGUUUGUUGUAUUUAUAUUGUGACGGCCUAUGGCUGUAAACAACAAGGUUUUGUUCAUUCUAUAUAUUUCUCCUUCCUGCAGAACUGCAAACGUUGCGUACAGUGCAGGCAGCACUAGGGAAAGGGUGCCUCGCCAGUUCCUUUAUUGGUGCAUAUCUGUAUUCUGGGGAGCUCUACCCAACAGAGAUCAGGUGAGCAGCUAGUAUCAUCUAAACCAGGGUUUCCCAAACUUGGGUCUCCAGCUGUUUUUGGACUACAACUCCCAUCAUCUGCAGAACCAGUGGUCAGGGAUGAUUUCUGCCAGAUAAACGGCCACAGGGUUCAAGCAGCUGGUGUUUAGAGUCUUAUAAACACCAGCGUUUCUUCUUGCCAGGCAAACAGGCAUGGGAUUUGUGUCCAUGCAAGCUCGUCUCGGAGCCAUGGUUGCGCCCCUGGUCUACGUGCUUAGGGAUUCCUUUCCUGUCCUGCCACCAAUUAUAUUUGGAGCUGCUCCCCUCCUUGCGGGGGUCUCUGCCUGCUUCCUGAUGGAGACGAGACAUUUACCCCUCCUGGAAACCAUCGCAGAGAUGGAACGCAGGUAAGUUUUCUUUCCCAUCCCUAAUAGGAGUUGAAAAACGAUUAGGAUGAGACCCUGACCCAAAGAGUAUUUUUAUGCCAUUUAGCAUGUAUGGAGUGGAGGAGGGGGAGACCAUUUUCAGUUUGAGCACCACAUUAUUCUAUGAUCAACCUAUUUGGGGGGGGGCACUUGUCAGCAGUCGGCAAGGCCAAAAACAAAAGUGAGCAGAGCAAUGGAUGCAAAUUUCACCUUUAUACAGUAGGGUGGUUUCAGUAACCUGCUGUUGUGGUGAAGGACAGAUAAUUAAUUAAUAGCACACUGUCCAUAACAUGAAAAUUAUCAUGGCGCUAAUCAAUAUUCUGGUGUUUGUGUUCCUUUAGGUCUAGAAAUGUAUCUUCGAUGGAAACAGUAGAAGAAAUUUGCCUCCAGCAAGUAGAGAGAUCUCUUUUCAAAGAAUCCGUUUAG